AGCCUAUUACAAGUUUUUCCUAGAGAAGGGGUAAAACACUGGAUUUUUGUUAGAAAUUCUGCAAGAGUGAUACUGUCAGUAAAGAUGUCAUACUUAAUGAAAGGAGUUAAAUGUUGCAGUCCUGUGAAUCAGAUGCACAAAGUAACAGGAACUCUGUUUAAAGUACACAUAUUAAAGAACAUAUUGGCCAUCAACAAACAGCAAUUCAAAAUUUCACGUACAUCAUCUCAACUUAGUUCUGAAAAGGCAAACUCUUAUAAUUAUGUCAUUGUUGGAGCUGGAUCAGCAGGGUGUGUAUUAGCCAACAGGUUGACUGAAGACCCUCUCAGCACUGUACUACUUUUGGAAGCAGGCCCUAAAGAUACCCUUCUAGGUAGUAAAAGACUGAUGUGGAAGAUUCAUAUGCCUGCUGCAUUAACAUACAACCUCUGUGAUGAGAAAUAUAACUGGUAUUACCACACAACAUCACAAAAGCAUAUGGAUAACCGAAUUAUGUACUGGCCCCGAGGAAGAGUGUGGGGUGGCUCCUCUUCUCUCAAUGCUAUGGUAUACAUUCGUGGGCAUGCAGAAGAUUAUAAUCGAUGGAGCAGGGAAGGGGCUAUAGGAUGGGACUACGAACAUUGCUUGCCCUAUUUUAAGAAGGCACAGACACAUGAACUGGGGCCAGAUCAGUACAGAGGUGGAAAUGGACCCCUGUAUGUGUCAAGAGGGAAAACAAACCAUCCUCUUCAUCAUGCAUUCCUGGAGGCAACCCAGCAAGCUGGGUAUCCCUUCACAGAUGAUAUGAAUGGCUAUCAGCAAGAAGGAUUUGGCUGGAUGGACAUGACUGUACACCAAGGUCAAAGAUGGAGCACAGCUAGUGCUUACCUUCAUCCAGCCAUAUCACGUCCAAAUUUGUCAGUUGCAGAGAAGACACUUGUAACAAAGAUCUUGUUUCAAGGAACAAAAGCCAUUGGUGUUGAGUAUGUGAAAAAUGGGCAAAGGAAGAAGGCUUUUGCCAGUAAAGAAGUUAUUUUAAGUGGAGGUGCCAUAAAUUCUCCACAGCUGCUUAUGUUGUCUGGGAUUGGCAAUGCAGAUGAUCUAAAAAAACUGGGGAUCCCUGUUGUUUGCCAUCUUCCUGGAGUAGGCCAGAACCUUCAAGAUCAUUUAGAAGUGUAUGUCCAGCAAAAGUGCACCAAACCCAUUACUCUAUAUAAUGCACAAAAGCCAGUUAACAUGGUGAGGAUUGGUCUAGAAUGGCUUUGGAAGUUUACAGGUGAGGGAGCCACUGCCCACUUAGAAUCUGGUGGUUUUAUCCGAAGUGAACCAGGGGUUCCUCACCCCGACAUUCAGUUCCACUUUCUCCCUUCUCAGGUGAUUGAUCAUGGUCGGGUUGCUUCCACAAUGGAAGCUUACCAGGUCCACGUGGGACCCAUGAGGAGCACGAGUGUGGGCUGGCUAAAGCUGAAGAGUACAGACCCAAAUGACCAUCCUCUCAUUGAGCCUAACUACAUGUCAACAGAAAGAGAUAUUUGGGAAUUCCGCCAGUGUGUCAAGUUGACCAGAGAGAUCUUUGCUCAGAAAGCUUUUGAAAAAUUUCGUGGGCCUGAAAUUCAACCAGGAAACCACAUUCAGUCUGACAAAGAAAUAGAUGCUUUCAUAAGGCAGAAGGCUGAUAGUGCUUAUCAUCCUUCCUGCACCUGUAAAAUGGGUCAGCUUUCAGACAGCACUGCUGUAGUUGAUCCCCAAACAAAAGUAAUCGGCGUUGAAAACUUGAGAGUAGUAGAUGCUUCAAUAAUGCCCAGUGUUGUCAGUGGAAAUCUGAAUGCCCCAACUAUUAUGAUAGCAGAGAAAGCUGCAGAUAUAAUUAAGGGCCUUCCAUCGCUUCAGGAGAAAAGUGUUCCUGUAUAUAAGCCCAAAACCUUGGACACACAGAGAUAAACAAAUGUUUUCAUCCUUUCACGUCUUUUGCCACUUAGGCUUUCAUCAGCAUGUUGGUAUCUCAUACUGAACAUGCCAACAAAAUAAAUACCAUGCAAAACAACAUAUUGAUUUGAACCAUUCUCUUAUAUUAGACUACCUAUUCCUUUUAUUUAAUCAGUUGGCUUAAGCUGCUUAUUUUAGUUAAACAUGACCUUUUGUGGUACAAUUCAAAUUUUUUGUUGAAG